AUGUAGUCAAAUAGAUCAGAUCUAGAUUGGUUUAAUUAUCUAAUGGUUAUCAUGUUAUUGUUUGGAAUACCUUUAGGGAUUUAUAAUUAUAUAUAAUAAUACAGAAUAAAAUAGAAAGAAGUUCAGAAGCUGUUUUAAAAUUGGUAAUAAUAAUUAGAAAAUUCUCCAGACAGAAUUUUUUAUUAUCGACAAUCAUAAUAAGAGUUUGAAUCUAGAAAUCCUGAUAUUGCUGACCAAGAUUUUUGGGAUGGCAUAGAAAAGUUAAGAGAGAGAGCUUGUAUUUUAAAGGGGCAAGAUUAUUGGCUUAAAUCACAAUAUUAAUGAU